GAUGACACAGGAGAGGAAGAUCUUGAUCUCUGUCUUCAACAGACUCCAUGCUCUGAUUCGCAGCGCCGAGCAUGCACCGCAUCACGCAGAUGGAUCCUUGUACUAGCAAGUUGCAUUAUGAAUAUACUUCCGAACUUUUUUUUAUUCACUUUUUUGGAGUGAGGGUGGUUAUACAUAUACAUGCCUCUGAUGAGAAGCUUCAAGUUAUUAUACGAGAUCUACAACUACUACUACAGCUACACCGACCUGAAAAGAGAUCCAGCCAAGCGAUUUGCAGCAGGAGCUUCUGCUACUUCGAAAAAAAGACCGGUUGA